UUAACAAAUCCUCUCCAGAUAAUGUACUUUGUCCUGAAUGUGUCUAACUUCCUGCACUGUAAGGAUGAUCUCCUGCAGUCAUUCUGCCAUGUCUUCAGUAUUCCAUCUGCAUUUUCCCAACAGAUCUGUGGAUUCUGGCUUCUAGAUCACGGAUUAGUAACAGACUCAAUGAAUGUCUUAUUGAGCCCAAGAGCUUGUCCUCCAACACUGCCAUGGCACCAUUGUGCUGUUCUGAGGACCUUAUUGAAGACAGGAGAGAAUCGAGCAGCACUGAAGUAUCUCUACAGCAUCACACCAGUCACAGAGAGCAUUCAAGACAUCAAACUCUGUGUGGAUGUGUUAAUACACAACAAAUGUAUCUCUGAGGCCUGGGCACUGAUUAGAGGACUCCAAACUAAAGAUGUUCACCUGUUCAAACAUUUCAUUCAUGUCUGUGAGAAUCAUGGGAUUUGUAGUAAUAUGUUGGCCUCUCUGUGGAAGGGUUUGGCUCUUCUCCAGCUGAUAGAAAGCCAAAAUAUGCAGCCCAAUGAAGCACAGAUACUGAAGCAAGAAACAGUAGGUCAACCACCAGUAAGAACUGAAGCAGGACAAACUCCUCGUCCACUGUCUGCAUGGCUGUACCGCAUGGAUGACCCACUGACGCCAGGAGAUUUUGUCAAGAUACUCAGGCAAUCUAUUUCUGAAAUAUGUCCAUUACCAAAGAAAAGAAGGGUGGUGCUGCUGCUGCCAAAGUACCUGGAGAAUAGUGAGAAUAGUGCACAACUCUCAUCUCAGGCCUUAUGUCAUGUUGCUGCUAACAGCACAUCAGUUGACAUUCAUUAUAAGUUCAAGCAAAGAGCUGUUGAGGAAGAGUGUGAGGAAGACCUCCCUCUGCAGCCAGAGGAGGACAUGAAUGAUUCACCAGUGUUCUACUCUCCCUCCACAUCUCCUGACAGCAUGGAAUCUGUUGGCUUCUUCAAAUCUCCCCGCUCUUCACCACCGGCUGUCUGCUCUGAAGCCCCAUCUGCACAGGAACCCAUCCUCCUGAAGCAGAACUCUUCUGCUGUGCCUGAAGAAGAGGAAAGUCACGUCCAAGAUGAGGACAAAACUCCUGCAGACAUGUUCCCUGGCUGUCCCGAUCUAACCCUCACUUUAGACGGCGCCACAGAGGCGCUAUCCAGCAACAGUCUGAGCAGGGAAAGUGUGGUUAUAGAGAAGAUCUUCCCUAGUGUGGUAUCUGGAGUCAUCUCACAUGGGGGCAACGCAGUAGAAGCUCCACAUGCAGAGAGGAGGUGAG